CUUCCAUGCAAAACGCUCCCCAACAUGGCUGCUGCGGUACCGUAAAGGCUCACAAGUGCAUUUGUAUCUGAGAGAAAAUCGUAAUUUUAAAAGGACAACAACGACGACCUUAAAAUUACGGGACCUCUACAUGAAUGUUAAGAAGAGGAUCCCUGUGCUGCACCUGAGCAGCAAUUAAAUCUCCAUACAAAACCCCAAAUCCCACAGUUACCCGCUUCUCUCUGCUGGUCCCUGCAGGUGUGGGCGUGCCUCCUGCCACACUGGCAGAAGAGGUGGGGCAGGAGGUGUUGCCAGGUGGGGGACCAAGGCUACACCUGCCUGCCUUCUACAUCUUCCUCCGUCCAAAUCUGAAUUACUUCAUCUGCAGCUUCCGCAGCCAGCGGGCUGAGAACAAUCCGGCCGAGAACCUCCGGUGUGCGGCGUCCACAUUCGGACAUUGCAGAGCAGCACUGACAAGGCUCUGCUGGGUGCCAUUGGCUGGUUGAGGAGCGGAGCAUGUUGAGUGGCUGUGGUUGCCAUGGAGCAGCAGGAUAAGAAGCAGGAGGAGGAUGCUGUGGCUCUGGGCCUGUCGACCGGCCAGGCUCUGGUGAAGCUACGGGACCAGCUCAGCAGCCUGCUGGAGCAGCACCAGAGGGCUGCACGCAGACGAGCCUCUGCACAGGAGCAGUGGGUGAAUAGCUUCCUUUACCAUAGCAACCGUCACUCCUGCCUCCAUUGGCCGGGAGCUGCCCUCACUCUACUGGUGGUGCUGGGACUCUUCUGUUGCCAUGGCAGCCAGCCAAAGGGCAGUUCUGGUAUAGAGCUGGUGAACGCUGCAGCCCUCCUUCUUCUCUUCUUGCUAAACCUGCUGCUGGUCAGACGUCAGGAGCGGCUGAAGAGGAGUGAGAUGGUCCGCCGUCUCAAGGGCAUCAUCACACAGCUCAGCGACUACCUGUCAGGGUGUGUGGGUGAUGUGCGAUGGUCUCCAUCUCUGUACCCUGAUCUGUACACACCCUCGUCCCCAUCGUGGUCCCUUCACUGGACUUACCGUGACUCCCAGUUGGUUAACCUGCCUGUCAGUCUGCUGGUGGAAGGAGACGUCAUCGCUCUGAGACCUGGCCAGGAGGCAUUUGCAUCCCUCAGAGGCAUUAAGGAUGAUGAGCACAUUGUGUUGGAGCCAGGAGAUUUAUUCCCCCCUUUCUCGCCUCCUCCUUCGCCACGGGCCAAUGAGAAGAGAGGACCCCAGAGCCCCCAGCAGCACCGUCUCUUCAGAGUGGUACGGACUCCAGUCCUGGACAUUGUCCGGAAUAGUUUGGAGAUGGCGUUGGCUCGACCAAUCACGGUUCUAGAUAAUGAGAGGUUUACAGUACAGUCCGUUAUCACCAAGCUAGUCUGUCCUAUCGUUCUGGUGGCAUUCCUGCUAGUAAACACAAUCCGCUAUUUUUGUGAUGCACCCAGCCUCACCCCUACCUGCUACAAUUUCUUUCAACUUCAGGUGAUGGGUGUCCUGCCCAUCUUGCCCUUGCUCUUCCCUGUUAUGUGGGUGCUGUUGAAUGCCUUCGGAGAGGCCAGGGUCCUUGCUGAGUUCAGCCGCGCGUCGCCAGCUGGUCUGCUUGCUAAGUUCUCUGAGGACACACUAAGCAGCUACACCGAAGUGGUUUCCUCCCAGGAGUUGCUGCGUUGUGUGUGGAGACACCUGAUUGGCGUCCUGAAGGGAGAGUCUCAGACACUCUGUUAUACUUCCAGCCUUUUACACACUCUGGGAUCUGUCACUGUGCUGUGUUGUGUGGACAAGCAGGGGAUCCUGUCGUGGCCUAACCCCAGUCCAGAGACUGUGCUGUUCUUCAGUGGACGGGUGGAGCCACCUCACAACAGCCAGGAUGAUCUCAGAGACGACCUGUCGGUCAGCUCCUACUGCCGGGUGGAGACAGAUGAUGACAGGGAUGAGGCCCAGGAGGCGGAGGCUCUGCUCUGUCUACCAGCAGAGCCCCAGGUGGGGGAUGGGCCUGAACCCAGUGAGACAUCACAUGACACUGCUCGCUCAUCUGACACAUUUCGGGCGCGGCGCGCCUGCCAGCCUGCACACACUCGCACCAAACACCACUCUGGAUCCAACGUGAGCUUCAGCCAUGACACUGAGGGAGGCGAGGAUGACCAGGCCCAGGACUUUGCAAUGGGCUGCCCAGAGGCGGAGGCUGAUGACUUUGUGUGUGACUACCACCUGGAGAUGCUGAGCCUGUCGCAGGACCAGCAGAACCCCGCCAGCAUCCAGUUUGACGACCUCUCCUGGCAAUGCCACCUGCCGUCCCUCAAGCCGCUGGGCCUCAACAUCAUGCUGAACCUCUGCAACGCCAGUGUCACCCAGCAGCUCUGCCGCUUCUCUGACCACUUGUCCAACCUGGCUCUGCAGGAGAGCCACGGCACCGUGCUGCCCGUCUACGUCCCCUGGGGGCUCUGCGAGCUCUCCAGACUCAUAGGGUUCACUCCUGGUGCGAGGGAGCUGUUUAAACAGGAGAACCACUUGGCUCUGUACCAGCUGCCAUCAGGAGAGAAGACUAAGGAGUUCACUUCCCGCCGCCUUCAUUACUUCACCAAACGCCAGCCUCCCAUCUCCCACCUCAUCUCCCUGUUCGUACGAGACUCUUCCUCCAAUAACGUCCAGAUGCUGUCACACGGCUCGGCCGACCUCAUCCUGGAGGCCUGCACUGACUUCUGGGAUGGAACUGACAUCUAUCCCCUCUCAGGCUCAGACAGAAAGAAGGUUCUGGACUUCUACCAGCGUGCCUGUCUGUCAGGUUACUGCUCAGCAUUUGCCUACAAGCCAAUGCAAGUAUCUCUGUCCAGCCAGCUGAAUGGGAAGUGUGUGGAGCUGGCCCCUGGUCCCUGCCUCUUCUCUGGAGUGGAGCUGCCCUCCACCACCCCCAUCAAACACAACUCGUGCAGGAACAGCUGGAGCUCUGACGAGGGUAUAGGUGAGGGUGUGGAGCGCGAGGACUGUGUUCAGGCCCUCAGUGGGCAGAUCUUCAUGGGCAUGGUGUCCUCCCAGUUCCAGGCGAGGCUGGACACAGUCCGGCUCAUAGAUGCCCUCGUCACGGCUUGUAUCCGGUUUGUUUACUUUUCCAUGGAGGAUGAGCUCCGCAGCAAGGUUUUCGCAGAGAAGAUGGGUUUAGAGACAGGCUGGAACUGUCACAUCUCUCUGACCCCAAACGGAGACAGUCCCUGUGAUGGAGCUCCAUCCAGCCCCAGUCAGGGCUCCCUGCAUGAAGACCUGAACCAAGAUUCUCGGGAUGAAGCAGAAGGUCCGCUGCUACCAGAGGAGGAAGCCCACUCUGACCUGGCCAGUUUCCAGCCCACAGACAGCGAUGUGCCCAGCUUUCUGGAGGACUGCAACAGGGCCAAGCUACCUCGUGGUAUCCACCAGGUUCGUCCUCAUUUGAAGAACAUUGAUAAUGUGCCUCUUUUGGUGCCACUCUUCACUGACUGCACCCCUGACACCAUGUGUGAGAUGAUAAAGAUCAUGCAGGAGAACAGGGAGGUUACAUGCUGUCUGGGAAGCUCCGCCAAUUUCCGCAACAGCCGCCUGUUCCUACAGAGUGACCUCAGCAUCGCUCUGGACCCUCUGUACCCCUCUCAGUGUUCGUGGGAGACGUUCGGCUAUGCCACCGGAGGAGGGUUUAACGACAGAGACGCUGAAGGUCUGUCUCCUCUGAGGCUCUCCGGACAGCUCAACAGUCUGGGCUGCUCUGCCACCUUCCACCAGGGAGAGAGCGUCAGCAUGGUCAAGCUCAUAGAGCAGGCACGACACACAGUGUACGGCAUCCGCAAGUGCUUCCUUUUCCUGCUGCAGUGUCAGCUCAGUCUGGUCAUUAUCCAGUUUUUUGCCUGUCUAGCUCAGCUCCCUCCUCCCAUGAACACCACUGACAUCCUCUGGCUGUCCUGCUUCAGCUGCCCACUGCUAAGUGUGUCUUUUUUGGGGAAGCCACCAGACAGUUCAGUGAUGACAGUUGCCACAGGGAAGAACCUAGAUGCAAUUCCAAGGAAGACCCAGAACUACUUCCUUGGCUGUUUCCUGUUGAAGUUUGGCCUGACAGUGUGUGCCUACCUGCUGGCCUUUGGGUUCACCCUGCAGGAGCUCUGCCUCAGAAGCAGCAACUCCACCUUAGCUGACAACACCACUGUCAACUGCCUUCAUAUACUCACAGCCAGCUCUUCAGCUGACGCUCCUCACUGGUUCAGUGAACUGUCCAAUGGCCUGCUGCUGACUCAGAAGGUCAUGGCAGGGUUCCUGGUCUUACACACAGUGGUGAUCUCCCUCAGCUACGUCCACAGAUCUCAGCCUCUGUGGAGAAAGAAUCCCAUCAGCAACACCUGGUGGUGUCUCACUGUACCUGUUGUUCUGCUCAGCCAGGUUGUUCAGGCCACAGUGGAUUACCAGUUAUGGCGGGACCAGGGCAGCCUCCUGACCUUUAACCUGAGUGACAUACCCCUGCUGGCCUGGCUGCUGGCCUCUCUGUCCCCGCUGCUGGUGGUGGUGGUCAACGAAGUAGUGAAGCUACAUGAGAUACGGGUGCGAGUUCGCUACCAGAAGAGACAGAAGCUGCAGUUUGAAACAAAGCUGGGGAUGAAUUCUCCAUUCUGAUGUGUUCCCUGUGAGGAAAUUGGUGUUGUGGCAAUACUGGGAACUAUAAGUUCUGGAAACCAGGGAAGGGCUGGGUGCAAACACUGCAGAACCCUCCGUUAACACUUCAGCCCAACAGCACUGCAACUAUCAGGUGGAGCAGAUAUCAACCAAAUGUCACAGUGGGGGCUUUAUGACACGAAUGUUGAAGCUCCUGGGUCUGUUUUUCUUAAGAGAGUUGAUGUUUAAUCAGUUAUCUGAAGGGCAGGGAAAAUUCCAAAGCAUUCAUUUCCAUUUAAUAGUGAAGAGCCAAAAAAGGCAACUAUUUAUUGUCUGGUUUUAGUUAGUUUUAACAGCAUGAAGAAUGUUUUCUGAAGAGGUUUAUGCUUUCUCACUAUCACAAACUGUUCUCCACCUCUGAGAGACUUGUGCAUGGUUACUCUCGUUUUCAGAAAUGCCCCCCAAGCCCAAACAAAGGAUGUUUUAGUAAAGUUAAUUUUAAUAUCACCCAAUAAUACAAACACAGAAAAACACAUAGGGCUGAAAAGAAAAGUAUCUACGGAGCCCCAGAGUGUUCAAUAUUAAUUAAUUAUGUUUAAAAAAAAAAAGAUAAUCACAUAAACAACAGUAAUUUAAUCCAGAGUAAAUCUGUUUUUAUUUGAUGACAGAGAGGCAACGCCCCUCCCCUACUGGUGGGGUAUGUACCUUAGUUAAUGGAGAGAGAGACAUAAUUUUUUGAUCCUGUUUGAAAAAUUACACAAAUGUUUGUCAAUGUAAAAAUAUAUUUUGCAGUUGGUCCCAAAGCUGUUAAAGUAUAAGACUGUGAAAAUACUUUAUUAGAAAGAUUACUCAGGUGGCGUAAGUGACGUCAUAGCUUUCUCUCUCGCUGAAGCUCUGAUGCGUUGUGUGUUUAGUACAAAUAUGAACUGAGACAAAUGACGGGUCUCUCUUAUUAUUUCACUUCCCGACUGAUAGAAAGACCAGGUGUUGCUGGUUUCAGGUAAGAUAAUGCUACAUUUGUGUGUGGAACAUAGCUCAAUUACCUAGCUAGCUAGCUAGCUAGUGUUGAUGACAUAUAUCAUGUGAGACGAGAGAUGUAGUUCACUGAGCAGUUUUACGCAAAACUAAAUGGUGCUAUGCCAGACUGCUACUUCCUUGAUUUACAAGAUUAUAUUUUAAAAUUGCUAGCAAGCUCAACAACUGCUACCAAAUUUAGCCAGGUAGCUACUGUUAGCUAAAGCAACAAUAUCAAAGUAAUUCUGAAUCAGCUUUGUAGCGGCUGCUCUUAUUAGACACAGUAUGCAGACACAAAACUCAGCAUGUCCUUUUAAUUAUGUAGCUUAACAAGGCAGCACAUGCUACUUACCUAGCUGGCUAACUAGCUAGGCGGUGUUGUGAGCUUUGUUUAUUACUGAGCAUCAAAGUGAAGAGACAGUGUUAGCGGCACCAGCUAAAAUUAUUUCCAGAUUCAAUUACUACAUUGUUAGUUGUGUGUAUAUAUAUAUAUAUAUAUAUAUAUGUAUUUAUUUAUUUAUUUAGAUACAUAUAUACAUAUAUAGAUAAUGAUAUAAAUAUAUAAUUUUAUUUUAUUUUUUUUAAUGUAUUUAAUAUUGACAACUUUGGGGCUCCAUAUGUAACAAGGUAAACACCUUGUUUAUUGCUUGGCAACUACAGAAUAGAGUGUAACACUACCUCUGAAAAAAAUGUGACAAAGAAAGUUACAUUCAGUCAUUGAGCCUUUGAGCCACAUUUUCUUCACUGUGAUCGCCUGCAAGACAAAGUUCUCUAUCUUAUUGUGUUUUACAACAACAACGUUACUGUUACUAAAUUCCUGAGCUAAGCCAAGCCUGCUGUAACACAUUAAGGACUGAAGAUUGUGGAUUAAAUUGGAUCAGUCACAUUUUUUUUACACGCAUACCUACAUUUGACGUAUACUGUAUACACAUUUAUCCAACUGAAGAAUGUGCCAGCAUGCUACUUUGAAACCACGCAGUUAGCUGUGCAGUGAUCUUAGCAAGUCCCUCCCGAAGCAGUGGAUUCAUGAAUAUAUAAUGACGUUUAUUCUGGUAUGCUAACAUACCAGAGUCUUCUGAAAGGUGCUUCAUAUCAUUAAGUUGCCUUUCUUCUCAGCCUGUCUGGCUGUUUCAGUUCUCAACGCCUCAACUGACAGGAGCUCAGGAUAAUGUUGUUUUAAAGUGUAGAAAUGAAAAGUUAAGCAGAUGUCAUUGAUUUUCCCACAUUUUUAUAUUUGAUCUGCUGACCUUCAUAUACCAGAGAUUUAUUUCCUGAUCACCUUCAAGUGUCCCCAUUAGUCUACUGUGUUCAAUUACUUCAGUUCAUGUGCAGCAUCGGCAGCAGACGUUUGUAUCACUGACGUUCAUUUUCAGUCAGACCAACCUUAUUUAUGGUAAUGAUUUCAGAAGGACAUGAUUUUGAUAUUGCUACUGUAGACAAGUGGGCUGAUGGAAUUUAUUGGUAAUACAUUAGUUAAGAACAAAAUAACAUGCUUUAUGUCACUCCUAAAAACUUUAUUGAUACAAAUAUGAAACAAUGAAGGUAAUUCUUGUCAGUGCUGGAUUAAUCACUAGGAGGUCUUGGGGCAAAAAAUGAGCCAAUUUCAUUUCCAGAAAAUGUAUUAUACCCUAAUAUUGAUAUAUACUGUAAUAUAGGAUUUAGCUGAUAUUCUUUUCAGAUUUUAUUUAUGUGGGAAUCAAGUCAGAACUUACAGUUUUUAUUCCAUUUUUAGAAUAUUUUCCUCUGGAACAAACAGUUGUGGUAGAGGAUUGUAUCCAUAUCACUCAUCCCUAUUCUAAACAAGUUUGCAGUCAGUCAAAUGACCACAAACUGAUGGACACAGUGAAACUGGGGCUUGUGGGGAUCCUGAAGUUCUGAGAUAUGUUGGUUAGUUAUCCAGCCUUGAUUUUUGUCCUCUUGUAGUUUUUAUUUAAAGAUGGCAUCAAACAUUAAAUCUGGGGUUGAGCUUCUGGUCUGUAGCCACCAUUAAGGACACUGAGGUCAUGAGGUCAUGUUAGAGGUUGAUCCAGCAUUUUUCACACCAGAACCAGAAUAGAUAACCAGAAUAGAUAAAACAGGGAAAAUUUAAAUAAUGCCAACAUUUUAUUUAUUUAAUUUUUUGUGGUGGUGAUGGGGGACUUAUGACAUCAGUGUCUUUCAUAUCGUGGCUACGGCCCUGUUUAACCUCUAAUCGCUUUUAUACAUGUGCCUGUUUUAGUUAUUCCAUUGCUACAAAUGCUCCUUUGAGUUCCACAUUUAAAGUUGGGGUGUACAUGAAGAGGUGAAGAAGUGGUCUAUGGCACUACUGGCGAUCACUUUCUGCAAGACAGUCAAUAGUCGGCAUGAAACUACUGAAGGUUUUCAGACAACUAUCACAAUGCAAGAAAACAUGAAAUUUUAUUUUUUAUUGGCCCUGUUUCAUACUUGUGUUUUAUCUCAUGACAAACACGUGGACAAUGCUGCAUGACUAAGAUCCAGUGAAUGCCCUGUCUUGAUCAAUGUACAUGUUAUCUAUAGUUCUACUGUUUUGUUCACGACACAAAUGGACUCAGUCAAGCAUGGACUUCAUACUGUAUGUAAGCAGGCCUCCGGUGCAACCUGCAGAGUUGAUGCUUGGCAUUUUGAUAACAUUAUCACGCACAUGCUUGGAGCCUAAGCCUCUGUCAGUGGAUUUGUAGGGUGGGAUGGGGGGUGAUGGACUACGGUAUAGUUGUUCACAAGAUACAUAAAUGUAUAUUUUGUAUUUUUUAAAGUGUCUAUGUUCAGGACUUUUGACAAAUUUGCUUGUGUAUUGAUUGUCAUGUUAAUAAAUACGCUCUUUUAUUUA